AUGAAAGUGUUUGCAUUAGCCAGCUUUCUUGGAAUAGCAUAUGCUUUCUCAAAAAACAUUGAAUUCAUUCAUAAAAAAUCUACAUCAAAUCUAUCACAAAAUCCAUCGCAAAAUUUAUUAGAUUUGUCAUUCGAUUUAUCAUUAGAUUCAUUAGGCGAAGAAAAAAUUUUAACUUUAAUUCUAGGAAAAGACGCAAUAAGUUCUCAAUGCAAGAAAAAACUAGAAGAAUACUGCAACAAUUUGAAAAAUAGCAACUUAGUUCCGAAAAAUCUACAUCCUGCAUUAAAAGAACUUUGUGGAAAUGCAGAGAAGAAAUGCAAUGAUCUUAAAACUCAAAUUAAUAUUCUCAUGAAUAAUACCAAUGAGUCUCUUCUAGAUAUUGCUUUAAAUAUUUCAACUGAAGGGUUUCAUCUAGAAAAAAAAUACUGCAACUAUGCUCAUGUUCAGUGCAUAUUUUUCCGAGAAUUUCCUAAUUUUUCUACUGUCUGCGAUACUAUGGCUGAACAAUGUUAUCAUCAGAUAAAUGAAGAUUUUGCUUAUGAAGUUCUUUUAAGAGCUCUUCCUAGAAAUUUGGAAAAUCAAGCAGCAUGUGAAGAAAAAAUUAAAGAACCAUGCUUCAAGUUAAAUAGAGAAAGUUAUUAUUUACUCUGGUCUUGUUUCCAAAAAAAAUAUACAUGUGAAAAUCUCCUUAAAAAAAAAAGUAACUGCAAAUCUCUUGAAAAAGAUAUCGAAAAUACAUUUCAAGGUGCUCAUAAAUUAGAAAACGUUUGUCACUCUUUACUCGAGAAAUGCUAUUUCCACUCGCGAGACUGUGAAAAUGGAGAGAUGCAGAACUGUAUGGAGCUUAAAAAACGUUGCGAAAAAGAAAAUAUCAAAUAUCCUUCCCCCCACAAUCUUCCUUUUAACCCAUUAGAGUUUCCGCCCACAUUACAAGAAGAAAUAGGUUUUUAUCGGCUUUAUAAUGAGGCUGCAUCUCAUGGUGUCUUAAUUGUCAAAUCUUUAUCAAUAGGAUUCAGUCAUUUUAUUCUGUUAGCAUACCAUAUUACAAACCCAGCCCAAAGCAGAACUAAAAGAUGCAUUAAAUAUCUAGAAAACUGCACUUUUGAAUAUUUAACAAAAGAACUAGCGGAUUUAUGCAAUGGAACUAACCGUACUGAAGUAUGUGGAAAAAUAGAUAAAGAAGUCCAAAGAGAAUGCAAUUCUCUUCAAUUAGCUUUUCAAGAAAAAAAUCUCUUUAAGAUAAAGCCUGAGGCUAGAUCUAAACUCUAUACUUUGAAUGGGCUGACAAAAAUCAUUCAUGAGGAAAGUUACGCCACUCUUAUUUCAAAGUGCACUUACAUCCAAUCAUACUGCAAUGAUGAUCUCAUAGAUGCAUGUAUAGCUCUAAAAGUAGCAUAUUAUAAAGCUCAGUUUUAUAAAUUAGCAAAAGAAGUAUUGGAGGAUGGAUUGUUUGGAUUGUUUCACAACUUAAAUUCAGAUGGAACUAAAAAAUGUAUAGACAAACUAGUAGAAAAAUGCAAAGUGGUCAGAAACAACAGUAUAAAUCUUCUCUCAAUGUGUUUAAAGCCAAAAGAGACAUGCGAAGCACUUGCAGAGGAUGUAGAAAGAAAGAGUCAUCGUCUGCGGCAUGUUUUAGAUAAAACAAGAGAUUAUCCCCGAGAAAAAGAUUGUCUCGUUUUGGAGAAACAAUGCGAAGACCUGACAAAGGAUUUCGAAGAGCUUAAUGGACCUUGUGCCACACUAAAGAGGAAUUGUGCUCAUUUGAGGAACACGAAAGAAGUAAAAGACAGUUUGUUGAGUAAAAAUACAGAUAUUUUGGCAAACGUUGAUAAUUGUACAACAUAUUUAAAUAGAAAAUGUCCUCGGUGGUUUAGGAGGGAAAUAAAUCCAUUCAAUCUUACAUGUGUGGUGCAUCACAAAUCAUGCGUUAUAAUGACUGAAGAGGUGCAAAAUCAUUGUUUGGCAUUCCAACAAAAUAUGGAGGAUCACAAAGUUAUUGAAAAAUCAAAAGAAGAUGAAGAAAGAGAUAAUAUUUGUUUUCUUUGGGAUGGAUACUGCGAUAUGCUUACGGGGAAUUGUCCUGAUAAAUUAAAACAAAGCUAUAACGGCAAAAAUGGCCUCUGUGUGACUCUUAAGGAGAACUGUAAGGUGUUUCGCGAAAAAUUGCCUCUAUUAAAAGCCCUUAUGUACAAUAUAAAAGGUUCUUUAACAGAAAAAAAUAUUUGCAUUAAUAAACUAAAUGAUUAUUGUACAAAAUCAGCACACUCAAAUAAGACUCUAGAAAAUUCAUGCAAAGAAUAUAGUGAGAACAAAGAAACAAGGGCUAAAACAUGUGAUAAACUUAUUAGCUGGAUGAAAAUAUUAUGCAAUACCUUACCAGUUAAACUGGGUAAAGCUGCUAAGGACUUAAAAAAUAGAGCAAAUGAAUUUAAAAAAACCAAGCAAGAAACUGAAAAAGCUAUUAAUAAUUCUGGUUUAUUCUUGGCCAUUCCUCAAACAGCAGAUGGGAAGCAGAAUCAUCACCUUAGUGUACGUAGUAAUAUUUACAGCAAUAACACGGCUUAUGUUAGACUUGUACGUCGCGAGGAUGUCCUAGAUAUAGAGCCAUCAGUGCGUCAAGGAUUAGCAUUUGAUCUGAUGUCUUUACUUGUAGAGUUGUAUUUGGAAGCCAAGGGCAUCUGCAAUCAUUUUAUCCAAGAGUGUAUCUUUGAAGAUGACUGUCCUAAGUUUAAAGACUCAUGUAAGAAAAUACAUGAAUCAUGUAAGGAAUUUGUGUUGCCUAAUGCCAAGCCUCAUGUAACAACGUCUAUAUCAACAACGACACUUACAGAGUCAACAACUGUAGCGGAUACUCAAUCGGAAUCUACUGUAGUAACUACAAUGAUAGAGGGAAAGUGUGUUGCGCUUCAUUCAAAGACCACAUGGGUAACAAGCAAAUCAAUAUCUACAAAAAUAACUACAUCAGUAACAACACUAACACAAAAAUGCAAGCCAGUACCAUGUACAACGGAAGAAACACAAACAAGAAAGCCUGAAACUAGAACUGAAGCAGAUCAUACAGUGAUGCCAAAUGAGGGGAUAAAAAUAUCUGGAUUGGGAGCAACGAGUAUUGUUAUAUGGGUAAUAGGAAUUUUUGUUGUAAUUUAA